AACAUUUCAACACGUAAACGUUGGCAGGCGAGUUGCAUUUUUAUCGGCUCUCCCACUUCCUUCGAGGAACAAAAGAUUGGUAGUGAAAAUAAAAGAAAUGUGGAAUUCAGGAUCGACUUCAUCGGACCUGGCCAAAGGGAAAAAGUUCCUGAAAAAAUUGCUGUAUACGUGCAACACGUUGACAAGAAAAAGGACGCGGCCAGGGAAAUCCCAGAGCGUUCGCUUCACGAGUAUUUCAUAACUGACCAAGAAGUAUUUUCCGACAAGGAAUUGACAGAGUACUUGAAGCAUCCUACAGCAAAUCUCGGCAUUUUAAAAUCAUCGCUCGACCAUUUCAUCCACCUCACCACAGUUUACUCCAAUCCUCUUCCAAUUCCUCUGAAAUCGGGAGUCACCAUUCACGCUUUCGUCGUGUUCCAAACGAUGAACGAAAGCAAUUCUGAAAAGACGUGGUGGUCUCUGGAAAAGAACGGAAAGUACAUAGUUCUACAGCAAUCGCCAGUCAAAAAGGACGUCAUGUAUAAAUAUAUGACCCCGAAGAGAAGAAACUUGUCGAAAGACUUGGGCCGGUGAAGCUGCUGGAAAGUGCUAGGGGCAAUUUGGACUUUUUAAUCAAUUUAUUGCGAGCCAUUUGGAAAACCAAUCAAAUAAACAAAUCGUACCAUCUCCUCUAUUCCAAUUGCCAAAAUUUCGCAUCGUUCGUCUUUGAAAAUUCAAAUCUACACGGGAAAAAGUGGUCGACGCCCAUAAGUUCUGUGGUCGACCGAAUCGGAUUGAGAAAUACGAAAACAAAGUCCGAAGUUACAGGGACUGAGUCUAAAUACACGUCGAAUUUAGUUGACGGAAAAUGUAUCUUUUACAAUGCCAUGAUUAAGGGAAGGAGACAGGACUUUGAAGACCUUGCCGUUAACCUGACUAGCGAAUCUUUAAAUAGCGUCGACUCCCUAGGCUACACGUUACUCGAAUGGGCCACCGCUUUCUCCGAUUGGCCAAUGGACCAGUUUUUAAUGGAAAAAGGCGCCAAAAUUCAAACAGACAAAAAACUGUUUCGGCGCAAUGUGUUUUUCAUCGCCUUGAAAUUCCUGAACCCCGACAAAGACGGUCAAACUGGCCCUCAUUGGCAUUUGAUGGCGUUGACAUUCGUGGCGUGAACCAGUCGGGCGACACGGCAUUGCACUGGGCUUUGUACGGGGGGAAAGGGCAAACGGCCAAGAAAAUUCUAAGUCAGCUCAAAGAUUACGACGUCAACACAACCGAUUGCAAGGGCGACACUCCACUUUAUCUCGCCAUUCGACUCAAACGUGAAUUUGACUUGAUCAAAAAGAUUUUAGCUCGAACCAAUUCGGAAAACGUCAACAAACACAACGAACACGGAAACACUGCUCUUCACUUCGCCAUUCUAAACCAGUCCGAAGCGGUGGUCGAGGAACUGCUCAAGCGAAUGGACGUGGACGUCAACGUCAAAAACAACAACAACCACACGGCACUCCAUGUCGCUUCUAUGUGGGUGGAUAUUCCAAUCGAUUGGUUCAGAGACAUUUUACGAAAAUCAACCGAUGUCAACGCACAAGACCAAUGGGGAAACACUGCACUUCAAACUGCUAUUCUGGGAAUGUCCAAAAGAGCGGUCAAGGAACUGCUGAAACACAAUAGCGUGGACGUCAACAUAAAAAGUAACCAGGAACAAACGACACUUCAUUUCGCUUCUGAGUGGAGAAAUAUUCCAAUCGAUUUGUUCAGAAAAAUCUUAGAAAAAUCGACCGAUGUUAACGCACAAAACGCAAAUGGAAACACUGCUCUUCAAUUGGCAAUAGUCAAAAAAUGUGAAGCUAUGAUUAAAGAACUUGUCAACCACAAGGAUGUGGACUUGAACCUCAAAGAUAACGAUUACUGUACAGCACUUCAAUUAGCCUCUUCAAGAAAGAAUGUUCCAGUUGAUUUGUUCAGAAUAAUCCUAGAAAAAUCAACCGAUGUUAACGCACAAGAAAAAAACGGACACACUGCUCUUCACUUGGCAAUUGCAUUAGAAAACAGAACUGCGGUGGAGGAACUGCUCAAACACAGGAAUUUGGACGUGAAUCUCAAAAAUAACCAAAACCAAACGGCACUACAUUUAGCUUCGGUAUGGAAAAAUAUGUCAGUUGAUUUGUUCAGAAAAAUCUUGGAAAAAUCAAGCGACGUUAACGCACAAGAAAUAGACGGACAUACUGCACUUCAUAUUUCUAUUAUUUACGAGUCAAAAAGUGCGCUAGAAGAAUUGCUCAAACGAAAGGACGUGGACUUUAACUUAAAAAAUAACAGCAACCAAACGGCACGUGAUUUCGCCUCUUCGUGGAAGAAUAUACCAAUUGAUUUGCUAAGAAUAAUUUUAGAAAAAUCAAAUGCAAAAGACGAAAAGGGCAAUACCGCUCUUCACGUUGCAAUUAUGAACAAGUCUAAAACUGUGGUGGGAGAACUGCUCAAACGAAGUGAGUCGGACGUGAAUCUCAAAAAUAACGACAACCAAACGGUACUCCAUUUAGCUUGUUGGUGGAACGAUAUGCCAAUUGAUUUGUUCAGAGUAAUCCUAGAAAAAUCAACAGAUGUCAACGUUCAAGAAAAAGACGGACACACUCCUCUUCAUUGUGGAAUCAUUUGCAAUUCCGAAAUUGCGGUGAAUGAAUUGCUCAGGACUAAUCCUAUAGAAAAUUCAACCGAUGUUAACGUACAAGAAGAAGACGGAGACACUGCCCUCCACAAUGCAAUUGUGUUCGAGUUCGAAACUGCAAUUAAGGAACUGCUUGAGCGCAAGGACAUUGACGUUAACAUAAAAAAUAAUGACAAGCGCACGCCACUUCAUUUGGCUUUAAUAGGCAAGGGUUUUCCAAUUGAUUUGUUCAGAAUAAUCUCGGAAAAAUCAACAAAUGUUAACUUGCAAGACAGAGACGGGCAUACAGCUUUUCACUUGGCGAUGUCUCGACAGUCCACAACUAUGAUCGAAGAACUGCUCAAACACAGGAAUUUGGACGUGAACCUCAAAAAUGACGACAACCAAACGGCACUACAAUUCGCUUCCGUAUGGAAAAAUAUUCCAAUUGAUUUGUUCAGAGUAAUUCUAGAAAAAUCAACCGAUGUUAACGCACAAGAAGAAGACGGAAACACUGCUCUUCAUCUUGCUAUUAUGUACAAGUCCGAAACUGCGCUAAAGGAACUGCUCAAAUGCGAAGAAAUUGACUUAAAUCUAAACAAUAACAAAAACCAAACAGCACGCUUUUUGGCUUCUUUGUGUGAAGAUAUGCCAAUUGAUUUGUUAAGUAUCCUUCUAGAGAAAUAAGCCGAUGUCUGUUAAAGAUUUACUUGAACCGAACCAUUGUAGUAUUAGAAAAAUAAACGAGCUCGAUUUCAACUUGUACCACCAAUUUAUGUGUUGGAA